UUCCAUCCACCUCUUCCUCCUCAUCAUCGGCGCUCACAGAUCAGCAGCAUCAACCGAAGGAGCCCUGCAGCCGUGCGACAAGAGCGACUACUACUACCAGUACACAGAGUGUGACAGCACAGGGUCGAGAUGGAGGGUCGCCAUCCCUCUCAGCCCAGGCUCCUGUUUGGACCUCCCCUCUCCAACCAGAGGAACAGACUGCUCCUUCUCCUGUCCAGCUGGGAUGUUUCUGGAGAUGUCCUCCCAGUUGUGCACACCGUGUGCGGCUGGAUCUUACUCUCUGGGCAGCGGUCUGAGGUUCGACCAAUGGGAUGCCAUUCCUGCUGGCUUCACAAGCCUGGCCAGCUUUUUAGAUCCUGGACCAAAUGGAGAGGACAUUCAGGCCUGUAACAGCUCAUCGUGGAUGCCGCAGGGUGUGUACCUGGAGUCCAACCGCGACGAGUGCACCGUGUCCCUAGUUUAUGCUGUCCAUCUGGAAAAACGGGGAUCUGUCUCUUUCACCUAUCAGUAUCCAGACAACAACAUUUUGUUUGAGUUCUACGUCCAGAACGAGCAGUGCCAGGAGAUGUCCCAGACUGACGACCAGAAGUGGAUUGCAAUCACGAGCAGUGGAGAAUGGGGCACACAUACAGUGAACCUGAAGUCGGGUACAAACAUCCUGUACUGGAGAACAACAGGGAUACUGGUGGGAGGAAAGAUGGUGAAGCCGGUGCUGCUGAAGAACAUCCAAAUAGAGGGUGUCGCCUACACGUCAGAGUGUUUUCCAUGUCGGCCCGGUUGGUUCAGCCCGACACCCGGUUCCUCAUCCUGCCAAGCGUGCCCAAGCAACACCUAUUCCGGAAAGGGAGCGUCCACCUGUUCAGCCUGCCCUGAACACUACUACUCCCAUGAGGGAUGGGCUGAAUGUAAGGUCAGACCGCCGUGCUCGGAGAAGGAUUACUUCCAGAUUCACACAGCCUGCGACAGCGAGGGAAAGACACAGGUGCUGUAUCGCUGGGUGGAGCCAAAAAUCUGCGUGGAAAACGUCACGGGAGCUGACGAGCUGCCUGUGACAGGACAGAGAGAGCCCUGCCCUCCCUGCAACCCCGGCUACUACAACAGCAACGACUCCACCUGUCUGCCCUGCCCACCUGGAACACACUCUGAUGGGACUUAUGCGUGCGUUGAGUGCCCCGCAGGUACUGAACCCGUGUUGGGUUACGAGUACAAAUGGUGGAAUGUUCUGCCUUCCAACAUGAAGACCUCUUGUUUCAACGUGGGGAACUCCAAAUGUGACGACAUGAACGGAUGGGAGGUCGCUGGAGAUCACGUUCGCAGUGGGGCAGGAAGUUCAGAUAAUGAUUACCUCAUCCUCAGUCUGCAUGUGCCUGGAUUUAAGGUGCCGGCCUCGCUCUCAGGGAUGACCGGUGGAGAGUUUGGAAGGAUCACCUUUGUGUUUGAGACCAUCUGCUCUGCUGACUGUGAGCUCUACUUCAUGAUGGAUGUGAACAGGAAGAGCACCACGGUGGUGGAGUCCUGGGAGGGCAGUAAAGGGAAACAGGCAUUCUCCCACAGCAUGACCAGAAACGCCUCUGUUACGUACACGUGGGCCUUCCAGAGGACCAACCACGCUCAGGAUGUUCGUCGAUACGUCAGUGACACGGCGAAGAUCUACUCCAUCAGUGUGACCAACGUGGUGGACGGGGUGGCAUCGGCGUGCCGGGCCUGUGCUCUCAUUCCGCAGAACUCCCAGCGGGCCGGCUCCUCCUGCGUUCCCUGCCCCGCUGGUUUCUUCAUCGACAGGGACACCAAUAGAUGCCAGGAGUGUCCGCCCAACACACACCUGGCUGGGCGACACACCUACGGCAAGGACGCAUGCAUUGCCUGUGGACCUGGAAGUAUCAGCAACAAGGAACAUUCCCGCUGCUUCAGCGACUGCUCUUUCAUCCACACAGAGAACAACAGAACACUGACCUUUGACCUCAGGCCCUUGAGUAAUGUGGCUUCGCUGAUAUUGGGGCCGAGUUUCACCUCUAAAGGCACAAAGUAUCUUCACCUGUUCAACAUCAGCCUCUGUGGCCACGAGGGAAACAGAGCUGCCAUCUGCACCGACAACGUCACCGACGUGUCCAGCAAAGAUGACCCGAGUGACCCGUCUCAGUUUGUCAACAUUGUGGACAGCUUCCUCUGCCAGUCCACGAUCAUCCCCGGAGAUGGGCGGGGCUUCCGGGUGGCCAUUUCCUCACAGUCAAUCAGCCUUGCAGACACCUUCCUUGGAGCGACAGUGGACACCGUUCUCAAUGGAGUGAACGCCAAGCCGGAUCUGUUCCCAGAAAAUCCAAAGGAUAUCCCUGACAUCAACUUCUUCUACAGGUCAACGCAGGCGACGGCCUCCUGUGAUCAGGGUCGAAGUUCUGUCAUCACGGUUCGCUGUAAUCCAGACGAGUCUGAUCGAGGUCAACUAUCUGUGCCCAGCUCCUGUCCUGCAGGAACGUGUGAUGGAUGCACGUUUCACUUCCUGUGGGAGAGCGCCAGCGCCUGUCCACGCUGCAGCGAGGCCGACUACCACCAGAUAGAGGGAGCCUGCAGAGGAGGGGUCCAGGAAAGUCUGUAUUUGUGGAACGAGCCAAAGCUGUGCACCAAAGGUGUGGCGCUGCCUCCUCGAAGCUCUGCCCCCUGUGAGGUCAUCGCUGUGUGGCUAAAGGUCGGACUCGGAGUCGGAGCUUUUGUCGCCAUGCUGCUCGUCUCCCUCACCUUCUAUUUCUGGAAGAAAAACAAGAGGUUGGAGUACAAAUACUCUCGUCUGGUGAUGUCUGCCAACAAGGAGUGUGAGCUGCCAGCUGCAGACAGCUGUGCCCUGGCUGAAGGAGAGGAACCCGAAGACGACGUGGUCUACACCCAGAAACCCACCCUGCUGGGGAAACUCAGGGCCAUUGCCAACAAGCAUGAGGAUGGAGAGAGCAGCGAGUCGGUGCAGCUGAACUCCUCUCAGGCCAACCGAUGGGUCCUGGGAUAAACUGAUGAACGGCGAUACAGUCACUGUCCGAAGUCCUACAUGUCCUUUUUUUUUUUUCUAUUGUAGGGGGAUGAACUGCAGACGCUUGUUUGAGGACAGCUUGGACAAUGAAUUUCUUCCUAAAUCUUCAUAUUUCCCCACACUUUAACACCAUGGAUGCACUAACUGCACCAAAAGACAAAAGUCCUUUUAAUGGUUUUUGUAUGUUUUGUAUUUUAUGUUACUUUCUGUUGAGGGUCAUGUAUUUAUAUUGUUAUGAAAAAGAACCUUUAUUAAAGUCCUGUUUGACUUUAUAAAAA